UUGAUAAGUUUUUAUCACAUUUGCAAUCACUGUGUUUACCAUUAUUUCUUAGGAUAUAUUCAUUGUCUUUAAACGGCAUUACAAACACAAAUACAUCACUUAAUUGGAGGAAACAGUGAUAUGUUUAGACAAUAGAGACGAUGGCAUUAAAAUUAAAACAUUUAUUACCAAUCAAUACAUUUCUGCGUCGAUCUGUUCCAGUGGUCAACAGUUGUUAUCAACAGAAGCGAUGUCUUAAUUUACAAGAAUAUCAAAGCAAACAAUUGAUGCGAAACAAUGGCGUUAGGGUUCAGCGCUUCUGUGUUGUCGAAAGUGUCGAUGAGAUUAAGUCGAUUAUCGGCAACUAUACCGAAUGUCCUUCGGCAGACUCAUCUAAAUCUUCGAGUGAACAAUUCAGUGAUCUUUCUUUGGCCGAAGUAGAAGAAUAUGUCAUUAAAGCCCAGGUAUUGGCCGGUGGACGCGGCAAAGGAUAUUUUAAGAACUCUUCGAUGAAAGGAGGAGUUCAGCUGACAAAAGACAAAUCAAAAGUAUCUGAAAUUUGUGGUAAAAUGUUAAACGAUUAUCUGAUUACAGCUCAGACCACCAAAAGUGGUGUUUUAGUUCAUAAAGUGAUGAUUGCAGAAGCGCUCGACAUUAAGAAAGAACUUUAUUUAGCUAUACUUUUAGACAGAGCCAGCAAUGGACCAGUGAUUGUUGUCUCACAAGAAGGCGGUGUUGACAUCGAACAGGUGGCUGAAAAAAAUCCCGACGCUAUCCAUAAGUUUAUUGUACCGAUUGAUACAAAUUCCGAUAAUUUGGACUUAGAAUUAGCUAAAAAUGUAGCUAAAAAUGGUUUGGGUUUAACCGGACAUUUAGCCGACGACGCGGCCGAACAAAUAUCUCGUUUGUAUAAAUUGUUUCUGAAUUUAGACGCACUUCAAGUCGAAAUCAAUCCGUUCGGUAUCUCAACCAAAGAUAAAUUAGUUUGUUUUGACGCCAAAAUCAAUUUCGAUGAAAACGCAAUAUUUAGACAACAAUGGAUGAAACAAAUAGAGAAGGAUAACGCUUCUGAAGAAGACCCAAGAGAUCAAUUGGCCCGCGAAUACAAUUUAAAUUUUGUUCCGAUGGACGGCAAUAUUGCAUGUCUGGUCAAUGGUGCUGGUCUUGCAAUGGCUACAAUGGAUAUUAUUCAUCAUUACGGUGGAAAUCCCGCUAACUUUUUGGACGUCGGCGGGUCUGUUAAUCAGGAGGGCGUCGAAAAUGCUUUUCGUUUAAUAACUGCCGACCAAAAAGUUAAGGCCAUUUUGGUUAACAUAUUUGGCGGUAUUGUUAACUGUGAAAUCAUUGCAAAAGGUCUGAUUGCUGCCAAAAAUCUGGUCAAAGUUCCACUCAUUGUCCGACUCGAGGGCACCAAUGCUGAGACAGCGCGAGCUUUAUUAAGUGAUGUGUCGGAUAUCAUAUCAGCUGCAGAUCUGGACGACGCGGCACAGAAAGCCGUCAAUUCGGUCAAAAUAUAAUGAAUGACAAAUUGUUGACAAAAAGCUAUUUCCAAUUUUAUAGUGUUUUAGAUUUUAUAUGCUAUUAUUAUUGACAAAAGUUUAAUUAAUCUGUAUUUUUCAUGAAUAUUAUUUUUUAUCGAUUUAU